AUGCUCCUGGUGGAUGACUUCCAACUCUUCAAGGUCAUCAUGAAGCAUGUGCACCAAUUCCAUUGCUCGCGCGAUACCAUCAGAUGGGAGAAGAAUCCAUCUCUCAUCAAGUCGAUUGGAUCAGUGUGCGAUGCACAGGAGUUCAUCACCUGGAUUGGCGUGCUUGCUGACUGCAUUCAAGACUACCAGAUACGCCAAAUACUCAGCUCCACCUUGCACCAAUACUUUAGCCUGGAGAUGCUCGAAAACAUGCACCGGACAUUCCCACAGGUCAUUCGAGAUGUUGAUUGGCUUUCAACUACCAUCUGCUCCUCCAUCGAGAACUACCUCAUCUAUCUCGAGUUCAAAGCAGGAAAGUCUGACAUUUUUGACAGCUCCACCUGCUUUAUCGAGGCUGCCGCCCACAAUGGUGACCUGGAGCUGCUUCAACUGAUACACUCCCAUUGCAUUGACACUGGACUGCCAUUCGCAAUUGGUUCGACUUCCAUUGGCAUCGCAGUGAAACAUGGAGGGUGCAUAGAGGUCGUCUCGUUCCUAUUGGAUCACUUGGACAACGAGGUUGAAGAGUACAUAGUGGGCUCGAUCCACCCAUCGAUUCAGUCUGAUACUCUACUUCAACAACUUGUCACCCGUCCAAACAUCACUUUCAGCAGCUCAACACUAGAGAGCUUGCUUCUCUCCAGCAACUUUGAGCUGUUUAAGGCAGUGGAGCGUCUGAUGCAUCAGCGGCAACAGGUGAUGUCGAAAUUUGACUAUAGACAGCUUCUCAAUCAACUUUCCACUCUUCCACCUGGACCAGAGAUUGGCAAGGUGGCCACUCUGAUCGUUCAAUCAAUCUUGCACAACCAUCCAGAUUUCUUUGCCACACAGGAGUACAACUUUAGAUACCUACUCCACUGUGAUGUGCGAUCAGCGAUCAUUGGCUUGAUUCCACGACACGAACUUCCAUUUACUCUCAGUAUACUGUGGACAUGCAUCAGUGAUCUCAACAGAAUCAAAGAAGCCAACAUCCGUCUCGAUUUAUUUCAACAGCUUCUGGACAGUGACAUCAUCGCACCUCGCUAUCUCACACCUUUUGACCAUCGACCGAUGGAUGAAAUAUUCAGACUUCACUUCUACGAGUUGCUGGUACCGCUCAGUCGCAAGUAUCCAAACAUCUGUCUGGCACAGUUUGACGACGGACUGAUCCACGAUGCAACAAUUGACGUAUCCUCGAUCGUUGAUGGCCUUUGA